UGACGUCAGGGGGCGUGUCCAAACAGAGGACAGAGGGGACUCCACAAUGGGAGAUAGUUUCCAUGACCAGCUGAUAGAGGACAGCGCCUUCCUCAGAGCUGACCGCAGGCUGGACACAGACUUGGUGGACAAAAUUAUCCUGCAGCUCAACAGAAUCUACCCGCAGAUCCUCUCAGACAAGGAGGCCACCAGAUUUCGAAACUUGGACGUGCCUACAAGUGUUCGAGUGGGUGAGCUGCUGACACACCUGCAGAGGAAAGGAGAGGAAGCAUGCAGGGAGUUUUACAGAGCUCUUCACCUGCAUGUAGAGGAGGUAUACUACAGCCUGCCCACACGGCUCCGCCUUAGAGAUUCCUUAGAUCCACUUGCGCAUCCACGUGCCUACCAACAGAGAUAUGUUAUGAAUGACAGAGGUCCCUUCUUCUUUCUGGGCUGUUUUGGCGUUGCGGUGGGAAUGGCUUUACUCUACUACUACGGUGAGGCCAGAGUGACGGGAGGCAGCCGGGCCCUCGGGAUGGCUGCGCUGGGUCUGAAAAAGAAAGCUCGGGAGGUUCUCAUUUGGUACACUGAGAUGUAAGGUGGUGACUCAUUCACACCAGGUGCUUCAGCAGUGUUGCUCUCAAGGAUGCUACUUGUACCAAAGCACAGCACACUAUCACCUUUCAGGAGAUGAAUACUAAUUUUGUACACAAUUGUAUAUAGUAUUUUGCUUGUGAUCUAAAAAGAGAAAGAUGGGGUAAAUGCAGAGCUACAUUUGGCACUGUGCUCUCAUUUCCUCAGAUAUUGAUAACUGUUUAAGUAGGUUAAAGGGAUCGAUUACACUUGAGGGAUAACCACAGUGAAAUGAGAAUUAAGCUGUUGCUACAAUAUUUAAAUGUGGCAUAAAUCAGGUUUUUAUAAUAGAAUUAAACAAGAAAAACACUGACUGCAUUAGUGACAAAAUAACUAACACUGUAUAGCAGUGAUACUCAACUUACAGCCCAAGGGUGCAGGGUGACCAGCUGACCAUUUUCCAGUUCACAGUGAUGAUAAUGAAUUCACACUGGGAUUUGUUGGUUUGUUUUUGUACUUUGAAUGUACAUACAAUACCAGAGUGCUAACAAAAUGGAUCGAAAUAUAGCUUGUUUAAGAUUUAAAAAAAGUGCCAGAGGAGGAUCUGGGGUGCAGGCUAAGCUCUGAAUGUCCUCAAAUCCUGCCCUACACCUGACCUGUGCCUGGCUGCUGAGACUGGAUAUUCAACUUAUCUGAUAAAUAUCUUUAAUGUUUGUUUAUUAAGUGGCUCCUGGGCAAAGCAAGUUGAGUAUCCCUGCUAUAUAGGAUCCAUUUUUAUCUCACAUUAAAGAUAGCCCCCAAUUCAUAUGUGCAUUUUGCAUCCAUGUAAUAAUAAUUCUUGAAUGCACAAAGCAACAGCCUGCUUUACAUGUGCUCACUUACACUUUGCUGUUAAGACUCAGUGCAGACUUAUUAUUCAUAUUUUUAUUUAGUAUUUUUGGACAGCACUCCACGCCUUUCUCUGCAGCAUGCUGUGCUACUAGACAUGUAUUUGGAUGAUGGAUUUGUAUUCCUUUGAUAUGCAGCAUAUUAAAAUUCACCUCAACCCCUCUGUCCAUGAGGCCGAGCUCCCUAUAGAACGUCACCGCCCCCGUGUGGCCAAAAGUGAACACAGCCCCAAACAUCGUCUGGCUUGUGUUGGUUUCAUAAGAGCUUCUCAAAAUUCGGCAGCUCAUGUUAGACAAAAAUAAAUAAGCAUGUAAACGCGAUAAAUACCAUCGAGCAUGUCCGUGAAGUGUUAUUUUAAACCGUUUUAGACGAGUUUGCAGUCACGUGACUGCUUCCACCAAUGAUAUCCCGCUCUACCCGCGCAGUGUAUCAUGGGUAACGGUACAAACUUACACCAAAACAUACAAAUGCCGAAUGAAUAAUCAUAAAGCUGAAGUAUAAACCAGUUUUAAAUGAAACUUAUAACAGCUGUGUUAAAUAUUUAUGAUUAUUAUGACAGCAACCCGGAAAUUGCACCGUAAGUGAAACCGAAUUUCAUUACUCGGUGUAUAAAUCCUGUUGUUUUCCGUUGUAGUAGUUGUGUUGUAUGAAAGGAGAGAAGGUUAGCACUCCCCUUGACAAGGAUGGAAUUGGCCCCUGUGGUCAUCAACACACAUACGGUUAAGGCACUGUCACCUACUUCGUGGCAUCUCUAACCAUGUUUUUUUUCACGUAUAUAACUUUAUCUUUAUGUGGACGCUGCCUUACUAACUGUUAACGUCUUACUUUCUCACUCCAAACUACGUCUCCUUCUCUUGGCAUGUACUGUGAGACCGGAAGUGCCCGAGUAUUUCCCUUGUUGUUCCCUUGGCCUCUAGCAUUUAGCUGCUGAAUACUCAGAGGAUUAUUGAAACAUUAAUGCUUUGUCUGCAGGCUUUCUCACAACAGAAGUACUCUCAGUUUGUGACAGAAUAAGCCCAUUUAAAUGUUAAUAAGUUCCUCGCCAGCUAUUAGUAGAUAUUAUAUCUUUUUGUGUGGAUAUUUCUUUGUUCUUACUGUGCCUUUUUGCCAACUAUUGGUAAGUUGGUUUCUUAUAAGUCUUUUUUAAAUACAAAGUCUGGCAGUAAAUGAAUUUAGAUGAUUUUUUUUCUUUAACGUGUGAUAUAGAGAAGUGGAUUUGAACAUAACCGUAACUAUCACAAUGGUGCUUUGUCAAACUGUAUUUCAUUGUGGUUUUCUUUAUGGUAGUGGUUCCCAACUGGUCCAGCCAUGGGGUCCAGAUUUGUCUUUAGUCAUUAGUUCAAGGUCCACACAGUUAAAUAUAGUCAACUACUUACUUGUGUUUGUCCAUGUCAUUGAGCUAGACUGCUGUCUCUGUUGAGUAGCUGCCCGUUAGUUAGUUCUUGAGUCACUUAUGGUCCAUCCAGAAUGGACCCAUGACCCACCACCAUUAGGGAACCACUGCUUUAUGAUGAUUUAACAUCAGGUUAUCAGAAGCCAAUACCAGAAAUGCCUGAAAAACUUCAAUUUGCAUGACUUUAUUAUUAUUCUUGUAUUCAACAAUUUUGUAAAAUUGUUCCAAAAGAAAAUACUUUUGAUUUUUGUUGUUUGUGAUUUAAUGUCUACUCACUGAGUCCAGUGCCUGACAGUUUGUCACUCGUGUACUGUGCUGUGUAAAAAUGCCUUAAAGUUGGAAGUGCCAUUA